CAUUUUUAUUUUACCUAAACAGGACAAUAAUUAGUUGAUUAAUUAUAGAAGUAUAUGCUGAUUAAAUGAUAACAAAUAAAUAAAUACAAUAAGAUCUGAUACUGGGACCCAUUUUAAGAACCAAGGACCUGCAGCAGGUGGAGACGAUACCUGGUUGAAGAGUGCUUGUUGUCUGUCACCCACUGAAAUCAUGAAUUGAACAAUAGGGAAAGAAUAAAUUGGAGCCUCAAUUGGGGAAUCUGUGUACAGCAGCCAAGGAGCCACAACAUCCACUACAGAUUGUCCAGGACAGGGGUAGGCAACUCCAGGCCUCAAGAGCCGGUCUCCUGCAACUUAGAUGUGUUUUCACUUCAACACACCUGAGUCAAAUAAUGGGGUCAUUAGCAGAACUCUGGAGAACUUGAGUGCAUUUAGGAGGUGGUUCAGCUAUUUGAAUCAGCUGUGUUGGACCAGGGAGACAUCUAAAAGUUGCAGGAGACCGGCUCUCGAGGCCUGGAGUUGCCUAGCCCUGGUCCAGGAGGAUCUCUGGCCCCAGCUUGGCAUGCAGCUGGAUUUCUGGCCCCAACACGCUGAGUCCUUGGAUUCAGGUUUCCGAAGUCACCGGAUCCAGAGGCAAAAAAACCCUCUUCUGGUGACCCACAUGCGCACAGGUAGAUCACCUGAGUUGUAAAACUGGUAAAGAGGUUACGUCUUCUGAGGUCCACGGCUAGUGGAACACGUCUUCUUUGAUCCAUGUGUUUGUUGAAGUGUUUGUCUUCAACAAACACUUAGUUGAACACCUGAGUUACUAAACCCUGCAAGGAAUUUGGAUUUCCUGAGGAUUUGGAGCCAGUUUUAUUUAUUUAUUUUUGAGAAUUUGUUUUUGGUCAUAUUCUGGGCUCUGAGUUUACAUUUACAUGUUCACUGUUCCAUAGUGCCGUUUAACAUCUUGUUUGGUCAUGGCAAAUCUUUGUUAAAUACACCAUUUUAAUUUGAGUGUGUGUGAGAAAAUAUUUGCUUCUUUUUGCUCAUAAUUUGUAUAUUGACCCCUCUGAUAAAGCCUUGCUCACCCUUUGGCCGCCCCUUGAAAAAAAAGUCUAGCUCCACCACUGCUGCAAUGUGUCUGCAGAAGCUAACGCCGGCGCUCGUCCUUACUUCCAUGCUCUGGGAAACAGCAGCAAUGAAAACAAAUGCCACUUAUGGACUGGCUCAGUUGCAAACAACAGCCAAUAGCAUUGAGUCGACGAAAUGUGGCUUCUCAAGAUUUAUUGUCCUUCAAACACUAAAGUAUGUGCAAAUAGAGAUCUUCAGGACAUUGAGGGAAAAAAUAAUUCAUAGAGAGAAGAGUUUAACAAAACGCUAGCAAUGUGAUAGCCGUGGGGUGAAAUAGGGCCGGGCCUGCCUCAUGUGGGAUUCCUUUCUCUUCUGGUCCCCACCGACCCCCAUCUUCCCAGCAGCGGUGGGAUGUCCCAGGUGUGUCUCCUCUUGGCCUUGCUUACGCUCUCCAGCUGCACUAAGGGGUCCGUUGCUAACUCUCUGGAGCUUGUGAAGGAGAAGUGGAGCAACUACAAGGACAAUUGCACAAGCCAGAUCAAUUCCACGCCCCCUGCCACAGGGUUGGUGUGUAACAGAACCUUUGAUUUGUAUGCCUGCUGGCCUGAUGGACGUCCAGGCACCACAGUAAAUGUCUCCUGCCCAACGUUCCUGCCAUGGCAUCGAAAAGUUCAGCGGGGUUUGGUCUACAGGGUCUGCAACGAAGACGGCAAAUGGGGACAAAAGAACACCAGCGAAUGUGAUGACGAUCCCGGCGAGUCGGGUUUGCAGCAGCAGUAUGGCCGCAUCCUCAGCAAGCUGCGCAUCAUGUACACAGUGGGAUACUCCCUGUCACUCGGAGCGCUGCUCCUGGCUUUGGCCAUUCUCAUCAGCUUCAGGAAGCUUCACUGCAUGAGGAACAACAUCCACAUGAACCUGUUUGCUUCGUUCAUCCUGAGAGCGGUUUCCAUUCUGAUCAAAGACGCUCUGCUGAGCCUGUUGCUGGACCCAAAGAGCGGCAGCGAUGCCCAGACACAGGCCUGGGUCAACAUACCAGCCGUGAUGUGGUGCCGAGGCGCCAUGGUGAUGAUGCAGUACAGCGUGAUGGCCAACAACUACUGGCUGCUGGUGGAGGGCAUCUAUCUGCACAGCCUCCUCGUCAUCACUGUUUUCAGCGAGAAGAAAUACUUCUACAUCUACUUGGCCAUCGGCUGGGGUGCACCUCUCAUAUUUGUGUUGCCGUGGAUCACAGUGAAAUAUCUGUAUGAGAACAUAGAGUGCUGGGAGAGGAAUAUUAACAUGGGGUAUUGGUGGAUAAUCCGUUCUCCCAUAUUGUUUGCUUAUCUGAUUAACUUCUUCAUCUUCAUCCGAAUAAUUAAAAUCCUGAUGUCUAAACUUAGAGCUCAUCAGAUGAGAUACACUGACUACAAAUUCAGGCUGGCGAAAUCCACACUGACUCUCAUCCCGCUGCUCGGCAUUCACGCCAUCCUCUUCACCUUCGUCAUUGAUGAGUCUGUCCCGAAGGGCUCCAUGCUUCGCCUCAUCCGCCUCUUCUGUGAUCUCCUGUUCAACUCCUUCCAGGGCCUGCUGGUGGCCAUACUGUAUUGCUUCGUCAAUAAAGAGGUCCAGUCCGAGAUGCUGAAAAAGUGGAAGCGGUGGAAGCUGGGGAAAGACAUUGACGAGGAAUACCGCCACACCCACAGCCAGACGCCGCACGUCAAGAGCGGCAGCAUCGCCACGGGGAACCUGACCGACCUUCAGGACAACAACGCCAGCGACCCGAGCAAUGACUCGCCGCGCGCCAACAAGACCAACUGCCACCCGUCCCGCUCAGCGGCGCCCGAGGAAAACCGCAGGCUGGUGGUCUCCUACAGCAACGGGACGGGCAAAGCCCGAUCUGCCAAAAAUCAACAAGACCUGCAGUUCACUUUCCCACCUCGGAGAGGCGCCACCAGCAGGGGCAGCACCACCACAGAGGACAUCAGCCUGGAGGAUCGGGCGCAGCACCGCUUGUACCCACAGGAGGGAGACGAAACUUGUGUCUAAAGACGACAUUUUUUUGUGUCUGUUUAGCACAAAACUCUCAGCUUUCUAAAGAUUGUGCACCGAUGGUAACCUAAAGGGAAAAAAUAUGCAAAAAAAAAAACAUUUAGGUCACUUCUAAAAGGAAUCAAAAGAUAAGCAUACCAUGUUCAAUGUAAUAUUUAUUGCUUAUGAAAGACAGUAAGAAUGAUUUAACGAUCUGAAGUGAGCGUGACUGCGCAGCAUGUUUUUACAACAUCAAACCUUCACUGCCGUCAUCAUGAGGACCGAUGGGGUUAGAGGUUUGUUUGCAGCGGCGGACGCUGACUCAUGGUACACGACGGCUUUAAGAGCGCAGCAAGCGCGGCUCUUAUUUUCUCAGAUGUUAUGAGAACAGCCAGACUGAGGUAUUCACUCGAGGCAAAUGAAUUGUUGCACUUAAUGCCAGUAGUAAAAGCGCGUCAAGGCCGAGGAAGCCGCACUGAAGAUGGGGGCUUUCAUUUUCCAAAAGACUCUGUGAUUGUGUUGAAAUGACUGUGAUUAAAAUAAUCGAUGCCAAAAAAAAUAAAUGACAGUUCUAUAAAUGUAAUAAACAUUUUGCAUCAGUUGGGUUCUGCAUUGACAAUUUUUCAAGCUUUAUGCUUUUUUUUUUUAUACAAAUGGCAACAGUCUAUCCGUUUUUACAAGCAUUUUUGCUCUUAAUGGAAAAAAUAAGUAAAUUUAAAGCGUUUUGUUGUCGCUCGUAUAUAAUUUGAUUUUCACGUAGUCCAUAUAGUGCUCAUAUUAUAUUUAUGAAUUUCUGUGUGCCCAAUCAGUGAAAGAUUCACCACCACUGCUAAAAAUUGAAAAAAGACUUUCCUUUAUGAAAAUGUAUUUGAUGUAUCUUAUUGAAGUGAAUGUAACUCUCAACUGCUACAAUUGCACAGCCAUUUUCUAUGCACCCGUACUUUUUUUUUUCGUUUUCUGCUGGAUCAUGUUUAGCAGAAUGCAUCACCGAGUAAAGGUGUUAAAUUCGAUGAAAAAAAUGUCAAGUGAAGGUUUUAUAUCCACUUAAAUAACAUCUGACCUGUACAUUGUGAUGUAAAGAACACCAAUAGCUCAUUUCUAUGUAUUUAUGUUAUUCUGUCUGGAGUUUGAGUCAGGGAUCAUAUUUAUUUACAGAAGCGAGAUGUUGUUUUAUAAUGUGCUAGGAGAAUUGAGCCAGCGAGGAUUACCACAAAAAAAAAAAAAGAGACAGAAAACAUUUUGUGUUUGAAUGUGGCGUGUACAUUGUAACUAUAUUAAAUAAAGUAUUAAACAUUAAAAUGUUAAUGGCAGGUGGGUGAAGGGGCAGAUUAUUAUUUCCGGUGCACAUGGCUUGAAACUUAACAUGGUGUCAUUUUUGAUAUGUUUAAUUCCUACUUUAAACUUUAAGCAUUUGUCAAGAAGUCACCAAACUGUACAUGGUUUAAGAAAAAGAAACUUUUUUGUGUCAAAUUUCUUUUUGUGAAUCCAUAAAAAAUAAAUUCUGUCGGCAAAGAAUUGA